AUGUUAACGGUGUUAACACAGUAUUCCAGAUUUAUAAAGAUGUCUAAGAAAAAGGGUGGAAAGAAACAUUUAGAUGUAGAUGAAGAUUUUGAAGAAAAGAAAGCUGUUGGCAGUGACGAUAUAACCUCAAAGAGUAAAGGGAAGGGCAAAAAGAAAGGUAAAGAAGUUGCUGAUUUUAGCGAUGGAGAAGCUGGAGAUAUAAAGAAAGUUCACGGAUCAGAUGAAGAGGAAGAAAUUAAACCUGCUGCGAAAAAAUCUCAAAAGAAAGGAAAAAACAAGAAGAAAGUUGAUCAAUCAGAUGAUGAGCAAGAUGACAAAUCAGUUGUUAGUAAUGCAACAAGUACAGCCUCAAAACCCGCUGCUAAAGCCAGUAAGAAAAAGAAAGGGAAGGGUAAGAAGGAUGACGAUUGGUCAGAUGAAGGUGGCGAUAUAGAACUUAAGCAAGUUUCUGAAGAAGAGGAGGUGAAACCAGUUUCAAAGAAAAAAGCAAAAAAUAAGAAAAAGGUUGUUGAAUCUGAGGAAGAGGUGUCAGACAAUGAGGAUGCAAAAUCUGUGAUCAGUGAUGUUUCAAGUAAUACCGCACAGCCGAAAAAAAAGGCGAAAGCCAAGAAUAAAAAGAAGGCUGCUGCUGAUUCAGAUCAAUCGGAAAAUGAAGACUCAAAAUCAGUAGUUAGCAACAUUUCAAGCAAUCCACCGCCCCCAACAAAAACAAAAAAUGCAAAAGGUAAAAGUAAAAAAGACGAUUGGCCAGAGGAAGAAAGCGAUAAAGAGCUUAAAAUUGAUUCUGAAGAAGAAGACAUAUUAAAACCUGUUGUUAAAAGUAAAUUAAAGAAUAGGAAGAAAAACAACAUUGACAAUAUAGAGGAAGAGAUGAAAAAGUUUCAAAUUAAAGAUUCUGAUCCAGAGGAAGUAAAUGAAACGGAGGAGGCAGAAAAGGAAGAAACAAAGCCAGAGGAAAAGAAAAUGAGUCACAAAGAGAAGAAAAAGCUGAAGAAACAGCAGGAGUAUGAGAAGCAAAUGGAGAUGUUGACUAAGAAGGGUGGUCAGGGUCACAGUGAUUUGGAUGCUAACUUUACAGUCAGUCAAGCACAAAAAUCUGCUGGUCAGAUGGCGGCCUUAGAAAACGCCGUAGACAUCAAAGUUGAAAACUUCUCUAUAGCUGCAAAAGGGAAAGACUUAUUCGUCAAUGCUAACUUAUUAAUUGCAAAUGGGAGAAGAUAUGGUCUUGUAGGUCCUAAUGGGCACGGAAAGACAACGCUCUUAAGGCAUUUAGCACAAAGGGCUUUUCCAUUACCCCCACAUAUCGACAUAUUGCUCUGUGAACAAGAAGUUACGGCCAGUGAUAUGAGCGCAGUAGAUACUCUGCUGGAGUCUGAUGUUAAGAGGAAAGAGCUUCUAGAGGAAUGUAAAGAAUUGGAAGGGCUAAUUGAAAAAGGUGAUCUGACAAAACAAGAUAAAUUAAACGAGGUAUACGCUGAAUUAAAAGCGAUAGGUGCUGAUUCUGCCGAACCACGUGCUCGUCGUAUUCUCGCUGGUUUGGGUUUCAGUAAAGAGAUGCAAAAUAGGGCUACUAAAAACUUCUCCGGAGGUUGGCGUAUGAGAGUCUCACUAGCUAGGGCAUUGUAUAUUGAGCCGACACUCCUGUUGCUUGACGAACCGACAAACCAUUUAGAUCUUAACGCUGUUAUUUGGUUAGAUAAUUACCUCCAAGGGUGGAAGAAGACACUGCUAGUAGUAUCUCACGACCAGUCUUUCCUUGACAAUGUGUGUAACGAGAUCAUACACUUGGAUCAGCAGAAAUUGUACUAUUACAAGGGAAAUUACUCCAUGUUCAAGAAGAUGUACGCGCAGAAACGAAAGGAGAUGAUCAAGGAAUACGAGAAGCAAGAGAAGAGGCUGAAGGAGUUAAAGGCUCAUGGGCAGUCUAAGAAAGCAGCGGAAAAGAAACAGAAGGAGGCACUCACGCGCAAGCAAGAGAAGAACCGAAGUAAGUCACAGCGGGAGGAAAACGAGGAUAACGCGGCGCCUGUUACUCUUCUGCAGCGACCUAAGGAGUAUAUCGUCAAGUUUAACUUCCCGGAUCCUCCUCCUCUUCAGCCGCCUAUACUUGGAUUGCACAACGUCACCUUCAACUUCCCCACCCAGAAGCCAUUGUUCAUCGAGGUGGACUUUGGUAUCGACCUCAACUCGCGUAUAGCCAUAGUGGGGCCGAACGGAGUUGGCAAGUCUACCUUCCUCAAACUGUUAGUGGGAGAGUUGAGUCCCAUACGAGGGGAACUAUUGAGAAAUCAUAGACUGAGAAUCGGACGUUUCGACCAGCAUUCCGGGGAGCAUCUGACUGCUGAAGAGUCCCCAGUGGAAUAUCUGCAACGGCUGUUUGGUUUGCAGUACGAGAAAGCUCGUAAGGCACUCGGGACUUUUGGCCUUGCCAGCCACGCGCACACCAUCAAGAUGAAGGACCUGAGUGGUGGGCAGAAGGCGAGGGUCGCGCUCGCUGAACUAACCCUGAUGGCGCCUGAUGUUAUUAUAUUGGAUGAACCUACGAAUAACUUGGACAUCGAGAGUAUAGACGCUCUAGCGGAAGCCAUCAACGAAUACAAAGGUGGUGUUGUGAUCGUGUCCCACGACGAGCGACUCAUUCGGGAGACUGAGUGCGCCCUCUAUGUUAUCGAGGAUCAAACAAUUAAUGAGGUUGACGGAGACUUCGAUGAUUACCGUAAGGAGCUUUUGGAGAGUCUCGGCGAGACAAUCAACUCGCCGUCUAUUAUCGCCAACGCGGCUGUAUUGCAGUAG